GGUUUCAACCCGCAUAAGAACACGCCCGAUGCAAAGGGGGUGAGCGCCCAUCGCCAGAGAUCACCACGACAAAUUAACGUUUGUUUAGCAGCAAGCUGGGCUGUUUUGAACCAGAUAAGGGAGAAGAACGAUAAGAAGCAGAUCCUCUGUAGAAUCAGCCAAAGGAAAAUAUGCCCACAUGCUGUUUAACGAGCUGUUUGAAGACUACUCCAACGCUCUAAGACCAGUGGAAGACACAGAUAAAGUACUGAAUGUCACCCUUCAGAUCACACUGUCCCAAAUUAAAGACAUGGAUGAAAGGAACCAAAUUUUGUCAGCUUACUUAUGGAUUCGCCAAAGCUGGUACGACGCAUACCUCAGAUGGGACAAAGAUAAAUAUGAUGGGUUGGAUUCUAUCAGGAUUCCAAGCAAUUUGGUUUGGAGACCAGAUAUUGUCCUAUAUAACAAGGCUGAUGAUGACUUUUCGGAACCAGUUAAUACUAAUGUAGUGCUGAGAUAUGAUGGAAAAAUCACUUGGGAUGCGCCUGCUAUCACAAAGAGCUCUUGUGUAGUGGAUGUGUCUUAUUUUCCUUUUGACAGCCAGCAGUGCAACCUUACCUUUGGGUCCUGGACCUAUAAUGGUAAUCAGGUAGACAUCAUCAAUUCUCUUGAUAGCGGUGACCUCUCCGACUUCAUAGAAGAUGUGGAAUGGGAGAUUCAUGGUAUGCCAGCAGUUAAAAAUGUUAUCACUUAUGGCUGCUGCUCUGAGCCUUAUCCAGAUGUCACCUUCACACUGAUUUUGAAAAGGAAGUCCUCUUUCUACAUAUUUAAUCUGUUGCUUCCUUGCAUUUUGAUCUCUUUCCUGGCCCCACUGGGAUUCUAUCUCCCUGCAGACUCUGGUGAGAAAGUGUCUCUGGGUGUUACAGUUCUUCUUGCUCUGACUGUGUUCCAGCUGAUGGUUGCAGAGAUCAUGCCCCCAUCUGAAAAUGUACCUUUGAUAGGAAAGUACUACAUAGCAACCAUGACCAUGAUCACAGCUUCUACUGCAUUGACCAUCAUUAUCAUGAAUCUCCAUCAUUGUGGCUCAGAAGCAAAGCCUGUUCCACAGUGGGCUAAGGUGGUUAUUUUGGACUAUAUGUCAAAAAUCUUUUUUGUUUAUGAUGUGGGUGAAAAUUGCACAAGUCCAAAAAGAGAAAAGGAGGAAGAACAUAGGUUAGAGGGGGAUGAUGCGUGUCAGAGGAGGCACAAAGAGGCAAGGAGUCCUCUUUCCACUAGGAAUGAUGACUGCAAUCUGAAGGAGAAGCUCAAUGGAAAUUGGAAUAAAAGCUAUGGAGUUCAUGGUGAAAAUGUUAGGGAGACUGUUAAUUGCUGUUCUUGUUACAAAAUGCUGAUUAAAAAUAUUGAGUAUAUUGCUAAUUGUGUUAGAGACCAUAAAGCAAACAAGGCCAAAGGAAUUGAGUGGAAAAAAGUUGCAAAAGUGAUGGACAGGUUUUUCAUGUGGAUUUUUUUUAUCAUGGUGUUUUUUAUGAGUGUGCUGAUCAUUGGGAAAGCUGCUUAACUGAAAAUGAAUAUGUUCCUUCUGUAGAUCUGAAUAUUCUUCAUUAGUUUGUUUAGGAGGAAUUCAGUGAUAGGGGUGCUUUCGAGAUCUUUGUCUUGAAUUCUGUAACAAUAAAUAAAUUGAUGCUGUAGGCUGUGACAGCGAGUUGAGACAUUUCAUAACUGAGGACUUUGCUGGUGACUGUUCUUGCCUUUUAGUAUGGUGUGCUGAUGAGGCAGCAGGAUAAGCAGUCAGUGUUCCACCUUGGUGGGUGCUGGCCAUGACUUCAGGCUGUCUGGGCCAGAGCAGCAGUGGAACAGACAGCCUUGCAGGGAGUUGUAUAACCACAGGGAUGCUCUGCAGCUUGUAAUUUGAGCAGUCCUUUCUCUCUUCCAGGGGGAGAAAAAAAGUGUAUUUGUGACAUGGUGACAUUUUCUGGAGAUCAUCCCUUCAUGGUAUUGCCUUUUUUCCUUUUAUUUUCACUUGACUUGAAAAUGUACGUUUUCUUGUUACAGCUCACUGAUCACUUUUCCUAUCAUUUCAUAGGCUCUACAUGUCUACCUGCUGUGCCUUUAGCCUCUAAUAUGAUUGACCUUACUGACUAUGAUCUUCCUCUUUGUCAUUUCUGUUGCUGAAUGUUACCGUAUUGUCACCAUGACUCCAGUACGCCAGAUUCCCAGGAUUUCUUCCUCACUGAGGGUGUCUUCAAUUCUUUCUCUUGAGCCUAAUAAUAGGAAGGACUUCUCCUGUCCUUCCUGUGUCUCAUUGCCCUGGGCACUCGUGCAAGAUGUGCCUUUAAAUGCGACUUGAGACUUCUGAAAAUAGGAGGCUGCGACUUCUGUCUUCUCUCACUGUAUUUACCUACCAGUGUUCACCCUUUGUGUCCCUUGUUUGCUCUUACAAGCUCUUUAAUACUUAAUUUUUAAACAGUUUACAGGAAUGCCAAGGUUGCUCUGUUGCAUUACUUAGCACAAAAUCAUGAUCUUACAGACUCAUUAAAGUAGUGCCAUAAUGAACACUAUUUGCUCAGCACCUUAGUACUUACAUGUGUGGGAAAAUGUUUGUUGCUGACAGCAUCAAAAACCCCUCUUCUAUCUAUUAAUUUCUCUUAACCCUCUCAGACUGAUAGAGCUCUGGAGGAUGUCUCUUAUGGUGAAGUAAGAAACCAGUACCCCGGGCAUGCCCAUGGCAAAUAAAUUGCUUUUGCAAAGCACCCUGAACUUUGAAACCAUGAUAUUCUAGAUGCAGUGGGAGAGGCAGAAUGGCAUUGUAAUGGAUCCCAGUCAAAAGUUCAUGUGAUAAAACUCAUUUUCAUAAUUGUCACAGUUAAUGGGAGCAUACCUAUGAAUCAGUAACUUAAGAGCAAGGAGUUAAACUGGUAAAGUGAUGCAGUUGUUCUGCCCAAAUUUAUUAGAAGAAAGGGAAUAUUUCUUUUUAUUUUGAUGAUGUAAAUGAUGCAUUGAAUUGCUAAUGGCAGGUUUUCUUUUGUGUGGAAUAAUUAACACUGUAAACUUAUCUGGAUUCUCAUACAUAAUGCAAGCCUUAAACUCCAGGUUUUAAUGUAAAGCUAAACUGGGUGUCUAGCCAAGAAUAGACUCAGUAUGUGGAAAAAGU